AUGGAAGACGAAUCCGGCGACGACGCUUCUCCGGGCGGGUCGGCUUCUGUCCUUCGAAGUCUGCAGCUCGAGAGCGAUGCCCGUGAUUCUCCUAACAGUUCCAUGACCUCGGUUUCGGUCGCCUCGUCCCUCCCAGAACAGAAGGUGAAGGCUACACCGAAAGCCGAGCACAAGCAUGAGAGCCAGAACAACGUAAGCCCGUACAUGUAUAUGAAGGCAUCUACAACGGCUCGAGCCAAAUCGUCCAUUCCUCCGAGGCUUCCCUCUUCCGAAUAUGCCAGCCAAUGUGUGGCUGCAGCCGAGGCCUCGAGGCUAGAUCCCUUUGCCUUGCAUGAAGAUGAGCACAAAUUGUUACAAGACAAGCUGUGUUACUCUCAUGUCACGGUGUACCUCAAUAUUCGCAAUGGCAUUCUUAGACUGUGGACGCGCAACCCAAGCGUGAGUGUGAGCCUCGAUGAAGCCAUCGGCUGUGCAAGAGACGAACGCUGGACCCGUCUCGCAUGUUUCGCCUACGAAUGGCUUGUGAGAAGAGGUUACAUCAAUUUUGGUUGCGUCGAGUCCCCUUUCAUAAGCCGAAGUAUUGGUCGUGGGCGGAAGAAAGAGGCCUCUCGAGAGACGAUCGUGGUCAUCGGAGGUGGUAUGGCUGGCCUCAGCACCGCAAGGCAGCUCACCAACCUCUUCAAACACUACCCAGAUCGUGCUCCCCCACGAGUCAUCGUGCUUGAAGGCCGUGAGAGAAUAGGUGGGCGAAUUUAUUCACACCCUCUUACCAGCAUGCGAUCAACCAAGCUAUCACCUGAUCAGAGACCCACUGCAGAGAUGGGCGCUCAUAUCAUCGUCGGAUUCGAACGCGGAAAUCCUCUCGACGCCAUUGUCCGUGGGCAACUUGCCCUCGACUACCACCUCCUGCGAGACCUCUCCACUCUCUACGAUAUCGAUGGCACACCCGUCAAUGGAGUCAACGAUGCAAUGAUAGAAAGGCUGUACAAUGACGUUCUCGAUCGAACGGGUCAUUACCGGCUCAAGCAUCAUGUUAAGAGAACUGCACAUGGGGACAAAGAGUUAAUUGAAGCAGGACGUGAUCCGCCCGAAGAGGAGUCGAUCACGAUAAAACAGUUCGAAGAGGCUACUGCACUCGGCACAAUCGAUCAACUGCUGUCAAGCAGGAAGUCAAAGAGAAGAGGUGCAGGCCAUCGAGCUGCAAAAGGUGAUAAAUCCAAUGAAGAAGUCGACACGAGUAUGGAGACCAAGACUCAGCUUCCUGCCGCGCAGGCAGCCAAAGAGUUUGGCUUCUUACUAAGAAAGACAACACAGAUGCACGAGACGUUGGAGCUGGAUGACCUUGCCUCCCAGCUCAACCAGUCUCUCGGUUCAGUCAUGAAUGCCGGCAUUGACCAGUACCAGAAAUUUCUCGACCUCAAACCCUAUGCCCUGCGCCUUAUCAACUGGCAUUUUGCGAAUCUCGAAUACGCAAAUGCAGCCAACGUGGACAAGUUGAGCUUAAGAGGUUGGGAUCAGGACAUCGGCAACGAGUUCGAAGGAGAGCACGCCCAAGUUGUCGGUGGCUACCAACAGGUCCCGCGCGCCAUUUGGCGUCACCCAGAACCUCUCGAUGUCCGGUUGCGCAAGCCGGUCAAGAGCAUUAGCUACAGUGCGGCCGGCUCCCAAGGCAAGGCAACUGUCACUUGCGAGGACGGGCAAUCGAUCGAAGCAGAUAAGAUUGUCUUUGCGGCGCCCCUUGGGGUUCUCAAGGAACAGACGAUCCAGUUCGACCCACCUUUGCCCCAGUGGAAGCGAGACGCCAUCAGAAGAAUGGGCUUUGGCUUACUCAACAAGGUUGUUCUUGUCUUCGAGAGACCAUUUUGGGACGUUGAUAGAGACAUGUUCGGUCUCCUCCGCGCCCCACGCGACAACACCGGCUUCAGUCAGAGCGACUACAAAAAGGGUCGAGGUCAGUUCUAUCUCUUCUGGAACUGUAUCGACACAAGCGGGCUACCCGUCCUCAUUGCUCUCAUGGCAGGUGAGGCCGCGCACGAAGCCGAGAAGGUCAGCGACGAAAUUCUAAUAGGCGAGUGUCUGACCCAGCUGCGAAAUGUAUUCGGCGCGCCAAACGUGCCAUUGCCCGUGGAGUCAAUCGUCACCCGCUGGGGUUCUGAUCGGUUUGCACGAGGCACGUACUCAUACGUCGCGGCGGAAGCAAGACCUGGCGAUUAUGACCUCAUUGCCGCUCCCAUCCAGAAUCUGUUCUUCGCAGGUGAAGCCACGAUUGCGUCUCAUCCAGCAACAGUGCACGGCGCCUACCUGUCAGGUCUCCGUGCAGCAAAUGAGGUAUUUGAAUCGAUGGUCGGCCCGAUCACGAUGCCAUCCACACUGGUUCCUGCCCCGACUGCGAGAAAGUCAUCUGCUCCAGUCGAAGUCAAGCAGAUGGAAACGCACAUGGUCCAAGGCGGGAAGAGAAAAGGCGAUGAACUCCUGCCUGCCGGUACGUUCACGAGACCUAUCAAAGAGAAGGACAAUACACUACAUGAAGCCUGGGAUGCGGCUAUGUGGGUCCGUAUCUACGAUGACCUCGGUCCGCCACCAGUGAAACCAGUAAAGUCAAACGUGAACUCUUUCCUGCUCUUCUCGGGUGAGCACUGGGAUGAGGUCAAGGCUCGAUUGGCAGAGGAGCGAUCACGGACAGGCAAAAAGACCAAACAGUCCGAACGAGAUCAGGUCCGCGUGGAGCUGGGCAAAAUGUGGGCUGCUUUGUCUGAGGAAGGGAAGAAACCCUAUACAGAUCGGACGAGCAAGAACCGUGAAGAGAACGAGGCGGCUUUGAAAGAGUGGUCUGUCAAAGCUGCGGAAUGGGACAGGCGGACUUGGGAGGUCAAGGACGUCUGGAUCAAAGAAGGCAAUAGCUUCGAAGAGUUUUGCAAGCGCAAAAGGGAAGACGAGGAUGCCAUGGAUGUCGAGGCAGCCAAGCGUGCGAGGGUUUAG